AAGUUCCAGACUUAAAGGUUCCGCCUUAAGCGAAGGUCGGGGUUAUUUUGUUGAAGGAUUCAUACAGCAGUAGCGUGGCUCUGUGCUCAACAUGGUGCGGGUUUAUUAAAGUUUAAAUAUUUAAACAUUUAAACUCGAGAAGUCUCCAGUCCGGACAUGGCAUCACGGAGCUACGCCGCCUGUGUGAGGACCGUGUGCAGGGGAAUGAGUGCAGCUGCACACCCACAGGUAGAUUUCCUGAAGGGAGAAGUACACAGGAAGCACCCGGGUGUGACCAACCUGAAAACUCUGCGUCUACCCGACGAACUCCAGAUGGCUGCACGGUCGAUUAUUCACAGAGCUCAGGUGACACGUCUGGCCGACCAAGCUCGUAGCCUCACAAACUUCUUGUGGAGCAGAAAACGACGAGUGGAGGAUUCGAAUCUGAGGCAGAAAGCUGUGAGCCUGGAGAAAGAGCUCUGGGAGAAAGCGAUGGAGAAGAGAGGAGAUAUAGAUGAACAAGCGCUGGAGGAUCGCAUCAGGAAGAAAGUGUUUUCAGAGCUCAGAAGAACCACAUAUCACUGGACACCCAUGAAGUACGAUGAAGACUUAGGUGUGGUGUACAUGGCGGCUCGGCUAGCUGGGGGGUAUGCAGCAGUGAGGAGAGCCAUGAAUGAGAUAAAGAAGAGGGAUCCCUCCUUUGCCCCUCAGACUCUCCUGGAUUUCGGUUCAGGGCUGGGAACAGUCGCCUGGGCGUCACACUCGUGCUGGGCCGACACUUUGAAGGAGAUGGUGUGUGUGGACAGCUCCGGGCCGAUGAACAUACUCGCAGAGCGACUUCUCAAAGGUGACGACGAAAGAGCUGAACCUCACAUCAAACACGUUUAUUUCAGACAGUUCCUCCCUGUAUCUCCAAAGGUGCAGUUUGACUUGGUGGCAGCCGCCUUCACGUUGUCAGAGCUUCCUAAUGUGAAGGACCGAGAAGAGGCGGUGAUGACUCUGUGGAGGAAGACAAGCUCGUACCUGGUGCUGGUGGAGAAUGGGACCAAAGAGGGACAUCAGAUGCUCAUGGAGGCCAGAGACACUUUAUUGAAGAAACAGGAGAAAAUGGUUCACGACCCAAGACCAGCGUCAGUGUUUGCUCCGUGUCCUCAUGAACUGACGUGUCCUAAACUGGCCUCUGAGCCCAUGACGCCCUGCAACUUCCAGCAGCUGUACCAACCGCUUCUGCCCGGGCACAACAUGCAGCAGACUGAAAAGUUCAGCUACCUGAUCCUGAGUCGGUCGGAGCGAGCGCAGCCCGAAACAGAAGGUGUGGACUGGGCCAGGCUGACCGCACCUGUGCAGCGCAGAACGAGACACGUCCACUGUCGGAUGUGCUGCCCGGAUGGACAGCUACAACACCUGGUGGUGACAGCACGAAAACACAGCAGAGACGUUUACCGCUGUGCUCGGAGCAGCGACUGGGGAGAUCAACUACCAAUCGUUCAGAAGGUCGAUGAAGACGCCCAGAGUGAUUCAGAGUGAUGAUUCACAGACUCGUUCUUUAGAAAAACUGCCGUCCAAGGACUCAUCAGGUUUUAUUUCGACAGAACAUCUGAGUUAGUUUAAAUACUGAUUGUUUCAAAGUCAGAACCAAGCCUUACUGUACUUCACCCAGCUUUAUUGUGCACCACUUUCAACAAAUCAUAGUCCCAGAAUGAAGAAAAAGACAUUUACUCCUGCGUGUUUCACAUAAUAAAUAUCAUCCCAGGUCCAACAUCA